UGCAUUUAUGGGAAAUGGUGACUCACAUACAUAUUUAGCACGGAAUCAACCCUCCGGCUUUCGUGGUUGCGCGAAAUUUCACACAUAUUUGCAAGUCUUCGUGAUCGUUCUGCUAAGGAGGCAGAUGUUGUUCAACUUUCUACAGAGCUAUCUAUUCGCUUUCACGACUUUAUGGAGCCGUCUAUUAUGCCUCCGGGUACAGAUAUGGAGAUCUCCCACGACAAUGCAUACGCAGUCCAGAGGGACAUUGCCAUGGUAGUGCUGUAGCCCAUGACGCUUAUGACUAGAAAGCGCUGUCAGUUUGACCCCUUCAAUGACGUCAAUCGCAUAUAGAUCGCUAGAUGGUCCUAGAAACGCUCAGGAUAUCAUAUAGCAUAGAGGAUAGAUUGGAUCAGAACGAUCCGCUGUCCUGUAAGCGCAACACUGCGGUUUCGAAAUGUGGAAGAUAUUGGCCGCUAAUAUUUCGACCCGUGCGCGGUUCUGCUGAUGAAUCGCUUGCUGCCAUUAGUGCCUGACGACUCUAUCGCUGAAAAUGCAUCGACUAAGCCCCCGCCGUUCUCCCUCUGUAAAUGUUGAUAAAACAUUCGAGGAUGGCUUGAGAGAAAGUCUCAAGGAAAAGAUUUGAAGCUCGUCAGCCUCAAGAAUAUUGCUAAAUGCACAAAACAUUUUUGGCUAGGAGUUUUUAUUGAGAAAUGAUAGACCAAACGUGUGUUUCUCAGAAUGGGAUUUUCUUUUUAGUCAAAUUAAUGUACAGUAAGUACCACCUCGCAUCUGGAGUUGUAGAGGGGACAAAAUAUACUUUCUAUUUAACUAGCUUCAUGUUGCCAUUAGCAACAGGUACUGGGAACUUUAUUUCAUCUACAGACUAAAUAACGUGCUACAUAACCAUCAAAACUGUAACUAGUUAGUUACAGAGUAUCAUGACGAAGCAUUAUGUUUUAUUCAGGGCAUAAGCGACAUGGCGCCCACGUGCAAUGCAACUACCCCCCACUUCCAACUCGUCCUUAUUCACUACGUAACCACGCACGCCCAUGACAAACUAUGUAUGUAUCUGAGCAGGCGAAGAUAAACUAAGUAAAGAGUGGAUAUUGAAGACAUUAAGUCCGAGUAUCUAGCGAGAUGAACUAUCCCGACUAUCCCACUCCCGUUACCAUCCAACCUCUCAAAUCUCACAGGCAUACAAUAAUCCUACUCCAUGGCCGAGGCGGCACCGGUACUAGUUUUGGCCGCGAGAUACUCUCGACACCCUUCCCGCUUCCUCUGCUUCGCUCUCCUGAUUCACCUUUCGGAAUGCUCACCCUGAGAGACGCCUUCCCGCACGCAAAAUUCGUCUUCCCGACUGCACCCCGGCGGUAUCCUACACAGCAUAAAUACGAUCUCAUCAACCAAUGGUUUGACCUAUGGUGGUUGCCAUCAUCUUCGUCAGCUGCAGAUGACAACGGCGACCGACCGUUUCCCCUUGAGCGAGACUCUGUGCAGAGCGAUGGGCUGCGGGAGUCGACACUGUUCCUGCAUGACUUGCUACAGCGCGAGGUUGAAUUGGUGGAGGGUGGUGCGAAGAACGUUCUUUUGGGAGGGUUGAGUCAGGGAUGCGCAACCAGUCUUGUGGCAUGUCUGUUGUGGGACGGUGUUGGAGAAGGGAGAGAGAGAAGGGAGGCAUUAGGUGCGCUUGUUGGGUUCUGUGGGAGAUUGCCAUUUGAGAGGCGGGUUAGAAUUAUUCUAGCUGGCGGUGCUGUGGAUGGAGAGAAGGUCAAUCAGCCUUCUGGCACAGACGGUGAAGUUGAGAACAAAUCUAGGAUUGGCAAUGAUACGGUUGGCAGUGCAGUCGAUUUUUUCCGGAAGGAGCUUGAGAUUCCGCUUCCUCCGGGGCUACCCUCAUCCUCUCAUGAUUUUCCAUUCCAGCGCACGCCACUCUUUCUCGGCCAUGGAGUUGAAGAUAUGACUGUUCCUAUCCGUCUAGGGAGGGAAGCAGUUACUUGCUUUGAGUCACUGGGAAUGAAUGUUUCGUGGAACGAGUAUGAAGGGCUGGGUCACUGGUAUACGGAUAGUAUGCUAAGUGACUUCGUGAAAUUCGUGCGGGAGAAGACAGAUUGGGAACUAGAAUAGCUUGGUGAAUCGGCAACGACCUCGCUUGCUUCAUUCUCGUCCAUCCACUCACUCUCGUGGAGUCCAUAUGGUUUCCCUCAAGCGACCCAAGCAGGGAAGAGACGAUUUUAAUCACGGAGGCACCUGUUUAUGCUUAACUAUCUUCUUUUCUUAACUUAUGUAAAGAGCUGUAUGGUACGUACUUAGGACAGGUAGCUUCGGCAGUGCCAGCUCAUCCGGGAAUUAGCAGAUACGAGAUAGCCCACGGAGCUUUUUCAUCCCUUGAGGCUUUAUGCAACCCUAUAGGAUGCGAUUUCUUUUUUCUGAGAUCCACACCACAAAAACGGAUGUUUCAAAACAAGAAUAAGAUUUUUUUAUAGAGGUAAGGUAUGAGAGAAAAUAAAGCGGGAAAUUUUCAUCAUUCGUUUCAGCAUAUCCAUGCUGGGCGUUGAGCCUGCAGAAGACUUCCCCCGUUGGAGAAGGGUACCCGAUGGAGAAAUACUUGCCAUGCUCUUGGCGUGAAGGACGUCAAAAUACAUGCAUAUUAAAAUCCUGCCUUAUUUGCUUAGCAGCAUGACGACGAAUGUCUUCAGUUCGGCUUGCGAUUCGUUGCCCCCAGCCGGCAAGAAUUCUACCCAACGCUUGCGCCUGCGCCCGAGCCUGCACAUUAACUAUUGUUUAUCACCUGCAGGCUGACUGCCAGCUGUCAAUCAAUGACGCGAUUUCCCCCCCCCCUUUACACCCACCUCCCCGCAGUCUCACCAUCAUGACCUGCACGCAUUGAGGCUUACUGUGAUGGUAUCAUGAAGGCAUAGAUUGGAGGAGAGAUAAUCACUUCGAUCGUCGCGUCAACACUAGACCACUGCCAAACGAAGCGAAUUGCGAGAACGAGACCAGAGGGGUUGCGAAAGAGAGCAAAUGGAUAACGCAACGGCUAAUCCAAACCUGCAUAUCGGGUACGAAGUUGUUGAUGAUUGAUGGUGAUGAUAAUGCAAUAUGAAUAUCACCCCGGAUGGAUAACUGCCUGAGAACGAGGAGUCUCAACAUCCCUCCGCAUGUUCCUGCACAAUCAUGCGUUUGGGAGCUCCCGUCACCGUGUGGCCACCCCGCCAAACUGACGGUCCAAAACCGACCGAGGCAUCUUCUCACAAGGUUCUCUUGGUGCAAUCGUCAUUUCACCUUUUACAGACAUCAUCCACUUAACUUUCGCAUUUAUCGUCUUUGCCCGAAAUCAAAGCAGAGGCAGUUAGUCCCACAUGUAGAGUGAGAACUGAAAAUCUAGGGUAACUGGCAGGAAGGAAGUAUGGGAAACCAAGCAAGCUAUUCCGAAGCUACGGGGUCUAGGGUCCUCGCCUAGCGCUUCGGUUUGUUCACCGCUCUUGUUGAGGAAGCAAGCAAAUCUGCCAAGUAACUAAUGGUAACGAUAUCGACAGCAACACAUUUUAACCCCCCCUUGCGAUGAUACAAAAGAAGAAUGGGCUCUCAUCAUGGAUAUGGAAACUGAUAGGAAACCCAACUUAUUUCGCUUCCGCCACAUAUGCCCAAUAACGCGCAAGGACCCUCUCUCUUUAACAACACAGUGCCGGAUGGAUACCUUGAACAAGGGAAUUUGCAGCUCAACGAUUGGCUAGACAGGGGUGGUCAUCAAUGCGCAAAAUUUAGAGUUUACGGUACCGCUCUUAACGAACCAUUUGGCACAGCGAACGGCCCUUAGGGUUUGCUAGCCUUUGCCCUUUUGUUCUGCAUCCUCAAAUUUUUUUUUUUUUUCUUCCCUCGUGGUCUCGCUCAUCUCUCAAUCUUCCGUGGGUCAAACAGAUAGAAACAAUUGUAUGAAAAGUAACAACAUAACAUGGCUCUCAAGAUGGAAUGGAAAUAGUAUUUAUCGUCUGCUGUGGCCAUCGCAACGUGCUAUCGGCUUCGCUAAAAUCAUCUUCCGCUUUUGGGAAGCUUAUCAACAAUCGUCAUGGCCGCGACUAAAGUGGAAAAACUAGAAUGUCACGUCGAUAAGGAGUGAAUCCCUGCUGUACCAAAACAGUAGGUUCCGGUUCCUACGUAGUAUGAUCACCAUGGCAAUUGAUCUAUCGAUAUGUAUUUUGAUGCUCUUGCCUACCUCCAUAGCCCUGUUGUCUGUUCCGUGUCUCAGCUUCAUUCACAAGAAAUAAAUUUCACAGCUUUAGAUAUAACUACCCAAUCAGCAUCAUGGUAUAAUUUCCUUGAUAAAACUAUUGUAA